GUGUGCCCGCAGUCCGCGGGAGCGGCGGGCGGGGCCGGAGCGGACCAAGAUGGCGGCGGUGCGGGCCGUGUGCGUGAUGCGCGGGGACGGGCCCGUGCAGGGCGUCAUCCACUUCGAGCAGCAGGGUAACGGGCCGGUGAAAGUCACUGGAAAAAUCACUGGAUUGGCCGAUGGAGAGCACGGCUUCCACGUCCACGAGUUCGGGGACAACACGAACGGCUGCACCAGUGCCGGCCCGCACUUCAACCCGCAGGGCAAACAGCACGGGGGCCCGAGCGACGCCGAGAGGUGAGUGCAGGGCUGGGCUGGG